UUAUUUUUAAAAAGAGUUAAUCCAUCGGUGUUAAUCUCGCUCCGUUGCGACGACUUGUCAGGGCGCGGCCUUGACGGACACAAUUCGAGAUAUUCUACGUUGCGAGAACUGAUAUAACUUCGCGAAGGAUACUUCCAGUCGAGUUUCAAGUUUCAUUUUAAUGUGGAAACAAAAGGAUAACUAAGAAACUCGGGGAGUCGGGUGAUCUUGAUUGUUCGUGAAAAAUCUACUCUCGAUCGUCGCCUCUCCCCGUUCAAGAUCCAAGAACUGAAUUCGUUCCGUUCCGACAAGAAAUAGCGAUAAAAAGAAAUCACGAUGGCGUUCAGGUCGCAACCUGUGCAAGAGGAGGUGGAGCUGGAGGUUCUUGCCGAAACUGAACUGUCCAGGUUGAAACGGCAGUAUAGAAUAAUGGAAAACGAUAGGGCAACUUACGCGGAGGAUGCGAGGCUGCAGCUGAGGAAUCAGGAGAAUAUGAUAAAUCAACUCGAGUUUGAAAAGGCGGAGCUGAUGCUCGGUAUCAAAACCGCGACUUCGGGCGCCAACAGCAAGAAAGACGAAGCCAUGGGAGAGAAACUCAAGUGUCUGCUCGCCACUCGUACGAAAUAUAAAGAAACCAUCGAUAACGAAAGGCAGCAAAUAACCGAACUCGAGGAACAGAUACUCAAGGUCUCGCGAGAAGUGACGCGAAUGAAGAUGAUCGUGCAAACGGAUAGCCAGUCGAAAGAGCUGGCGGUAAAGCGUAACCGAAUGGUAAACAUCCUGGAGAACCGUUUAGAAGUAGCGACGAAGAGGUUCAACAUGAUCGUUACGGAUAACAAGAGAUUUAGAGAAGAUAUCACCUCGCUUCUGACCGAGAGGCAGCAAUUCAACGUGCUUUGGCUAAAGCUAAUUGGCCAGUUAAACACUGGAAAACAAGUAAUCAACGAUCUUAUAGAGCAGGCAACCGUUACCUUCAAUAUGAGGGACGAAGAAUUGAACAAAUUGCACGCGCUGCGCGAGAGGGGUGCGAGGGACCUCAAAUCCCACACCUCGGAGAUGUGCGAGCUCCAGAGAACGCUCGACAACGAAUGGAAGCUGCAGGAAUUUCUGGGGGUGAAAGGCCAAUACCGUGACACCGGUGAUUUGAACACAAAAAAGGACGCGAAACGGCAGAACAGACACGAUGAAAUGCAGAAGAAAGUCGCCGAUUACACUCACAUCCUUGAACUGAUCAAGCAAUUCACUGGGGAGCAAGAGAUCGACAGGCUGAUGACGCACUUCGUCAAACAAGAGGAGGAAAACUUCGCCCUCUUCAGCUACGUGAACGAAUUGAAUGACGAACUGGAGGGUCUUCAGGCAAGGGUGGGUCAGCUGCGAGUCGCCAUUGACGAGGCACGAGCCCUCAACACACACAGAAGUGAACAGCAGGCGCAAACCCUCGACAGGAUAGCGAAGCAGCUGGAGGAACAGACUUCCGUCGCAGCCACCGCCGAGAAGAGUUUGGCCGAGUGCAACGACGUGAUCGAGAAACUACUCCGUGGAAUCGAGUCGCUGUUCCGCGCGGUCAGGUGCGACAAUUCGCCCAUCCUCGAACUCCUCGGCGACAAUUCUCACGUGACGACGAAUAACGUUAUGCUCUAUCUCGGGAUCAUCGAGAAACGGAUCACCGACCUUUUCAACCAAGUUCACUGGGCCGACAAGGCAAGGAAGGCCCCGAGUCGACUUGACGAAUCGAAAAAACCUCGGCUAAAAGUUCCCGUCCUAUCCCAAAUCGCUCCAACGCAACCUUGUGCUCUGUGCGUGGAGAAGGAGGAAUUACAGAACGUUUCGGAAGGUCUUGACGCACCGCUAACGAGGCAAGAAGCGACCGUAAAACUCCAACAACGUUUGGAGGAUGAUUUCAGCGAACUUUUGCACAAUGUGUCCGGAUGUCAUCUACCAGCAGCAAGAAAGAUUAUGCAAAGGCGUUACCAGUAGUUAUACGAAAGCUGACAAGAAUUUUUAAUGUUCUUCGAGUAAAACUAGCAAGUAAAUUAAUGCAACGAUGAUAAUACCCGCACUCAAUCAUGAUUCGGUGUACGAUGUACGAACCUUGGACUUUUCUGAGAAGUAUAUUUCUUUUUUUCAAUUCUUGCUGUGGCUAUUGUUUUUUAAUACCCACUCUUUAUUUUAACAAGAACUUGACAAGUUACUUUGUCUUUACACUCUGCGACACAGUUUUGCACGAUCAAUACAUGCGAAAAUUCAGGUCAGGUUAAUACUUAUGACUUUUAUCACGCACGCUAGUCAAGUAAGGCUAGUCAUACAUGUGUCACGUAAAUGUACGUUUGUAUUUAUAUUUUUCUCGAAACUGAAACAGGCGCGUACAUUUUUUCAACCUCAUGUUUCUAGAAACUUGGAAUGUGAUAUAACAGGAUCGCAUAUACUGUUUAUAUAUAUAUUGUAACGGGCAGUUGUUCAAAGUCGCAUCCACACCGACAGUAUUUGGAUUAUCCACCAUUUGUACCAUUGUAUUUGGAUUAAUCGCUAUUAAA